AUUGACGAUGCAUGAAAUUGAACUAUUUAAAUGAAUAUAUUUUCCAAUUAUUUGAUAUUUCAACGGAGGAUUACACAUUGCAGUAACAGCAAUAUUUGCUGUCAGGCAAUAAGGCUAUCAUGAAAGCUCUAGUGAUUUUAGUUGUUUUAGCUACAUUUGCAUAUUGUAGAGCACAAAGACGGCCUCCAAACUUUAAUUGUGAUCGAAUUUGCAGACCAUUUGGUUAUAACCCAGUGUGCUCGGAUGAAACCCCUAACAGAACCUAUGACAAUGAAUGCCUUCUGGAUUGCAAAUGGAAAUAUAAACAAUGUGAUGGUAGAUGUCCAUGUAGACAAGACAAUUUCAACGGGAGAUCCCAACAACCAUACCGACCACAAAACAAUAGACCUCCGUAUCAGCCGCCAUAUAGACCGGAAGCUAGGUCACAACCAAGACGAGGCAAUAUCUGUAUCUGUGAUGGAUCACGUGAUCCUGUCUGUACCGAUCAAGGCACGGAAAUGAACGAAUGCCUUGCUACAUGCCAUAAUAAACACAUUCUGUACGAGGGUGAAUGUUGGCUGAGACGUCCAUAGAAGCUGUAUGGUGAUGGUGUGUGAAAUGAUAAAAAUAAAAUGACUUUUACACUUGUUUUAAGCCCACAAAGUCGCAAAUAACCAAGUAACUGUAAUCUUUCAUAUUUUGAAAAAUCCGAAAGGUAUCUUCAUUAGUUAUUGUUUUAAACAUCACAGAAAAUGUAUUGCUACCAGCUAAAUUAAGGACAUACAUGCUUCUGGAAGGAACUGGUGUCUGUAGAAGUUGGUCACAAUGUUUAUACUUUAUUUGAGCCGCGUCACGACAAAACCAAUAUAUUGGGUUUGCGACCAGCAUAGAUCCAGACCAGCCUGCGCAUCCGCGCAGUCUGAUCAGGAUCCAUGCUUUUCGCUAUCAGUUUCUUUACUUGUUAUAGGGUCUGUAAGCGAACAGCAUGGAUCCUGAUCAGACUGCGCGGAUGCGCGGGCUGGUCUGGAUCCAUGCUAGUCGCAAACGCAUUAUGUUGGUUUUGUCGUGACGCGGCUCAUUUAUGUUCUAUUUUAUAAACACUUGAUAGUUUAUGGUAAUAUAAUAAUUCAGAAAUGAAAGUGUAAUGAAAGUAGCAAGUAAACAUUCGACGUAGGCUAUUAAACAGUGUGAAAUGAUGAUAUCUAAAAAAUAACUUUUAUGUUUGUUCUUUUACACUAAUUCGUCUUUUCGUAUAGUUUUUGCAUUCGAUAUUAUGUGUUCAUGUUUCGGAAUGUAAGAAUAUUAUAUUUUUUCUGUUUCCCGUUAUCAGUACAAAAAUAGUAUUGAAACUUUUUUACAGCUAAAGAAAAACAUAUAUGAAUAUAAAAGUUAAUGAUUCAUUUAGUUCUUUCUGACGUUCACCGAAUUUUGGUGUUAUAUGAAAAAAUCUUUA